AUGGAGAAUCAAGAAAGCGAGUAUCUCCCGGAGCUUCUCGCGGAGAAGGACAGUAUGGAUGUCUCGUUUACGCACGCUAUGAAACUUUUAUCUACAGAAAUCGAGAGAAUCCAGAAAGGUGAACCCAAGAAGGACGGAGGAGACGCGUAUCUGGACCUUUUCACCGUCAAGAAUAUCAAACUGAAGGAACGCGUGCUCAUACCCGUCAAACAGUAUCCCAGGUUCAACUUUGUGGGGAAGAUUCUUGGCCCUCAGGGCAACACAAUCAAACGCCUUCAGGAAGAGACUGGGGCCAAAAUCUCUGUACUUGGCAAAGGCUCCAUGAGGGACAAAGCCAAG